CAUUGCAGAUGUCAAAAAAGGGAAGCUUUCCGUGCAUCCACUUUAUUUUCGGAAUUAAAAUUAAAGUUGACUCAAUUAACGUGAUUGCCUAGAUUUAUUAUGUUGUUUGUUGGCCUUUGGACUUCCCGGCCCUAAUAUUCUAUGGGAUUGUGUGUUCAGUGAUCUGAGAUUGAGAGGAAUCUUAUGUGCGUUGUUUGUCUGUCAUAUACUUAUGGCACGGAAUUCCUAAAUAGACUUCUAUGUCGGGGGAUAGAAUAAAAAUAACAUCGGUUUGCGUCGAAGGGUCAGUGAGCGGCGGAGCCUGAUCAUGGCUACGUUCAUCACGAUGGCGGCUAAGAUAUGCUUUGGAACGUUGUUUAUUCUCGGUUUCCAUUCAGUUCUGGGACUACCACCACAGGAAGAGCAUCUCCCGCCCCGUCCCAGAGACGGUGGCGUCGAGACGCGUUACUGCGCGUACUACAACGGCUCUCCACCAAUAUGUAAUCCCAAUGACCCAACCUGCGACCCCAUUCAGAAAGAGGACUGCCAACCCGUGGACAAAGACAAGAGCAACCACUGCGUCCAGUUAUGGCACUACAAUACAACAACAAACACCUCCACACUACAGUUUAAAGGCUGCUUCCUUGACACAGUCUCAUGCAGUGACAAACCUACACCAUGCCGGAUACACAGCGCAAAACUCUUGCUGCUACACUGCUGCUGCGAAGGCGACAUGUGCAACACUAACGACACAUUCCCCGGUUUACCACCUUCAGAUUCAACCGAUGCGCCUCAAGAGGAAAUACCAAUGGAACGAAUACCUGGAUCCGAUGAUGAUACGAAAGCUAUCAUUGCUUAUACUUUAACACCAUUGUUCAUACUUUUCAUUGCUCUUGUUGGUUGCUAUCUGCUGUAUAGACGGCGCAAAGGCAGCACGUUCGCUGAGCUCGCGAAUGGUGAAGGAUCUCUAUCUAGGCCUCCAUCUAUGGGGGUGGGAAUGGACAAUGAGCCUGUGGACUUGGUUGGCCAAGUGACCCUAUGUGAAGUGAGGGCUAGAGGGCGCUUCGGGGCCGUGUGGCGCGCGCAGCUCGGUCAGAAAGACGUAGCCGUCAAGGUGUUCCCGCUGCAAGACAAGCAGUCCUGGCUGGCCGAGCAGGAGAUCUACAGGCUCCCGAGGAUGGACCAUCAGGAUAUCCUGCAUUACAUUGGCGUGGAUAAGAAAGGAGACAAUCUGCAAGCUGAGUAUUGGCUGAUCACGGCAUAUCAUGAGAAGGGCUCCCUCUGCGACUACCUAAAAGCGCACACCCUCAGCUGGGCGGACGCCUGGCGCAUCGCCGCGUGCGUGGCGCGCGGCCUGGCCCAUCUCCACGAAGAGGGCGGCGGGAAGCCCGCCGUCGCACACCGCGACUUCAAGUCCAAGAACGUCCUUCUAAAAUCCGACUUGUCCGCCUGCAUUGCCGACUUUGGUCUAGCCUUGGUGUUCGUAGCUGGGCAUGGGUGUGGCGAUGCCCAUGGGCAAGUUGGGACGAGACGAUACAUGGCGCCUGAGGUGUUGGAUGGCGCGAUUAACUUCACGAAGGACGCGUUCUUGAGGAUAGAUAUGUACGCGUGCGCGCUCGUGCUGUGGGAGAUCGCUUCGAGAUGUGACGAAGGUGGUGUGGAGCCCACAGCGCAGUACAGGCUGCCUCUGGAAGAAGAGGUCGGCCCUCACCCUGGGCUCGAGGAGAUGCAGGAGGCGGUGGUCCAGCGGAAGCUGCGGCCGGCUAUACCGCCGCGGUGGAGAGAACAUCCCGGCCUAAACGUCCUCUGCGACACUAUGGAAGAGUGCUGGGACCACGACGCCGAGGCGCGCCUGUCGGCCUCCUGCGUGCUCGAGCGCGUCGGCGCGCAGCGCCAGGCCGCCUCCGACACCCCCCUACUCAUACACGACCUCGCCUGCUGACACACGCCCCUCAUACACUUCUAGAUCUGUGAGUGACCGGUGGACCUUGCCUUUGAUAUAAGGUGCACUAAUUGGAGAGAGUCCAGCUCUCGAGAGUUCACCACCACGGUGCGAGGCCGAAGGCAUGGCUGCAGGUUAGAGUUCGAAUAGGACAAUGGUUAGUUGUUCCGAAGGCCAUUGGCCUAUUCCAAGUACUGCUCUUUCGUUAGCUUGGCUUUGUGCCUCGCAUUGAAGCACGCCGCUUCUAAGCUCCGGGACUUAGGUCCUAUGCGGAGCUAUGCCUUCAAUAUCACCUUUUUAGGUAUUUUGCUAUGAGGCUGGUGUACUAACAUUUUUAACUGUUGGUGGGCCUUAUAUCUUAGCGAUGAGGUUUAGUUCAGUUAUCAUGGACGAUGGUACGAACAGCAACGCUCUUGGUGAGCUUUAUGACUUUGAAAUGAGGUUUAAGAAUUGUCAGUGAGUGAAGCUAAGAGACUUUCCGAAGACAGCUACUCUUUGUAAAGAGAUAAAGAUGUGUUUAUAGGCAAAAAGGUUCUUAUUUGAAACCAUUAUAAGUGAUUUUUGCCUGUAAAUCUAUUUGUGAAGUGUUAUAAUAUGAAACGAAUUUUUCCUAAUGUUUUGACUGUUUGUGAAGUGGUAGCGCGUGAAUUGUGGUAGAGGUGUUGGUCCCCUUAUAGGUUUUAAACCUAUGUCUAAGAGACUUUCUGUGUUUCAAUGUUGAUAUCAAAAAUAUGUGUACAUUGCAGCUAAAUUAUUGUGAUCCUCCAGAGGCCCACAGUUCUACCUAUAUAACUAAUCGCAUACAAUGAUAUUUGUGUAUUUACACUAAUCAUGUGUAAUUAUUAGUACAUUACGAUACGAGUGCGAAAAAUAGGAAAUUGGCAACGAGUUGAUAAACUUAAACACGACUGAAGGGAGUGUUUUAAAUUAACUCGAAUUGCGAAUUACCUAUUCGCACGUGUAUUUUACGUUUUACAGUACAUAUGGCCCUUUACAUUUUCGUCAUAGUCACGUAAUGAGCUAAUUAUCGCUCUAGUGCUGUAAAGUAGCACCAUAUGUACUGUCAACUCGAGUUAAAGUUGUAUUUGACAAUCAUUUAACAUUUUAAAUUUAGAGGAACAAGUAGAUUAAUGACUUACAUGACUUGUUCGUCUGACUAUUAUUGAGUAGUCAUUUUUUGUUUGUUAAAUCAAUACUUUACAACUGUUACAAGGAUAACUUUAGUGCAAUAAUUUCGUGCUAAA